AUGGCUGGUGGUGAAGGUACACGCAUUAGGACAAUUACCAGCAGCACACCAACAGCAGAAGCAACAUUUAUAUGCACUUCAACAAAUGAUCAUCAAAAUAGCAGCAAUGAUCAAUCUAAUGGAGGAGAUAAUAGUAGUCAAUCAAGAAGAAGAUACAGAGGAGUUAGACAAAGGCCAUGGGGGAAAUGGGCAGCUGAAAUAAGAGAUCCAUAUAAAGCAACAAGAGUUUGGCUUGGAACUUUUGAUACAGCUGAUGCAGCUGCUAGAACUUAUGAUGAAGCUGCUCUUAAAUUCAGAGGUAGCAAAGCCAAACUCAAUUUCCCAGAAAAAGUUAAACUCUUGCCAUCUCCAGUAUUGUCUGAUUCUCCAAAUACACUUUAUUCCGUUUCUUCAUCGCCCGAUCCAAUAGUUCAUACUUCUCUGUAUCGUCCCAAUUUUAUUGGAUAUCCCCUAAGGGACGAUGAGCCAAUAGUUCACACUUCUCAGUAUCGUUCCAAUUUUAUUGAACGCCCCCUAAAGGAUCACACUACUCAUCAUCAAGCUUUGAAUAAUAAUACUGAUUUAAAUGCUCAAGUUUUCAUGAAUGAUGAUGAGUUUCAUAGGCUGCAUGUGCCUUAA